UUCCUGAGGUGGAGAACGGUGGCCGGACGGAGCAACUGUGGGUCUGAGGGACUGGCGGGCGGGCGGAGCGGCACUGCCGAGGCUGGGUUGGGCCUACCCCGGAACGCCCGGGAUGUAGCGGGCCACCCUGCCCAUGCCACAGCGCCCGGCCGCGGGCGGAGCCGGAGCCGGAGCCUGGGGAGGCGGCGGGGGCCCCGAGCGCAGCCCGCGCCCCCCGCGCGGAGCCAGGCCCGCUGCCGUCCCCGCCGCCCGGGACCCCGGCAUGCAGCCCCGGCUGCGGAGGUGACAUUCACGGGCCCGAGACGCCGCCGCCGCCAUCGCCACCAUGGACGAACAGGAGGCAUUGAACUCAAUCAUGAACGAUCUGGUGGCCCUCCAGAUGAACCGACGUCACCGGAUGCCUGGAUAUGAGACCAUGAAGAACAAAGACACGGGUCACUCAAAUAGGCAGAAAAAACACAACAGCAGCAGCUCAGCCCUUCUGAACAGCCCCACAGUAACAACAAGCUCAUGUGCAGGGGCCAGUGAGAAAAAGAAAUUUUUGAGUGACGUCAGAAUCAAGUUUGAGCACAACGGGGAGAGGCGAAUUAUAGCGUUCAGCCGGCCUGUGAAAUACGAAGAUGUGGAACACAAGGUGACAACAGUAUUUGGACAACCUCUUGAUCUACAUUACAUGAACAAUGAGCUCUCCAUCCUGCUGAAAAACCAAGAUGAUCUUGAUAAAGCAAUUGACAUUUUGGAUAGAAGCUCAAGCAUGAAAAGCCUUAGGAUAUUGCUGCUGUCCCAGGACAGAAACCAUAACAGUUCCUCCCCCCACUCUGGGAUGUCCAGACAGGUGCGGAUCAAGUCUUCCCAGUCCGCAGGGGAUAUAAAUACUAUCUACCAGCCCCCUGAGCCCAGAAGCAGGCACCUCUCCGUCAGCUCCCAGAACCUUGGCCGAAGCUCACCUCCCCCUGGCUAUGUUCCUGAGCGGCAGCAGCACAUUGCCCGGCAGGGGUCCUACACCAGCAUCAACAGUGAGGGGGAGUUCAUCCCAGAGACCAGCGAGCAGUGCAUGCUGGAUCCCCUGAGCAGUGCAGAAAAUUCCUUGUCUGGAAGCUGCCAAUCCUUGGACAGGUCAGCAGACAGCCCAUCCUUCCGGAAAUCACGAAUGUCCCGUGCCCAGAGCUUCCCUGACAACAGACAGGAAUAUUCAGAUCGGGAAACUCAGCUCUAUGACAAAGGGGUCAAAGGUGGAACCUACCCCCGGCGCUACCAUGUGUCUGUGCACCACAAGGACUACAGCGAUGGCAGAAGAACAUUUCCCCGAAUACGGCGUCAUCAAGGCAACUUGUUCACCCUGGUGCCCUCCAGCCGCUCCCUGAGCACAAAUGGCGAGAACAUGGGUCUAGCUGUGCAAUACCUGGACCCCCGUGGGCGCCUGCGGAGUGCAGACAGCGAGAAUGCCCUCUCUGUGCAGGAGAGGAAUGUGCCAACCAAGUCUCCCAGUGCCCCGAUCAACUGGCGCCGGGGAAAGCUCCUGGGCCAGGGUGCCUUCGGCAGGGUCUAUUUGUGCUAUGAUGUGGACACAGGACGUGAACUUGCUUCCAAGCAGGUCCAGUUUGACCCAGACAGUCCUGAGACAAGCAAGGAGGUGAGUGCUCUGGAGUGCGAGAUCCAGUUGCUAAAGAACUUGCAGCAUGAGCGCAUUGUGCAGUACUAUGGCUGUCUGCGGGACCGUGCUGAGAAGACCCUGACCAUCUUCAUGGAGUACAUGCCAGGGGGCUCCGUGAAAGACCAGUUGAAGGCCUAUGGUGCUCUGACAGAAAGCGUGACCCGAAAGUACACGCGGCAGAUCCUGGAGGGCAUGUCCUAUCUGCACAGCAACAUGAUCGUUCACCGGGACAUUAAGGGAGCCAACAUCCUUCGAGACUCUGCUGGGAAUGUGAAGCUGGGGGACUUUGGGGCCAGCAAACGCCUGCAGACGAUCUGUAUGUCGGGGACGGGCAUGCGCUCUGUCACUGGCACACCUUACUGGAUGAGUCCUGAGGUGAUCAGCGGUGAGGGCUAUGGAAGGAAAGCAGACGUGUGGAGCCUGGGCUGCACUGUGGUGGAGAUGCUGACAGAGAAACCACCGUGGGCAGAGUAUGAAGCUAUGGCCGCCAUCUUCAAGAUAGCCACCCAGCCCACCAAUCCUCAGCUGCCCUCCCACAUCUCUGAACAUGGCCGGGACUUCCUGAGGCGCAUUUUUGUGGAGGCUCGCCAGAGACCUUCAGCUGAGGAGCUGCUCACACACCACUUUGCACAGCUCAUGUACUGAGCUCUCAUGGCCACGCGGCUGCCGGCCGCCCUUUGCUGCUGGGGGCUGCUGCGGGGCUCAGUGAAGUUGCUGCUUCUCCCAGGCAAGGCUGUGGACCAUGGAGCGGCAGCCCAGCCAGCAUCUGUCUGUGCCCCUUCUGCCACUGGGGCUCAGAGCUGGGAUGGGGUGGCUGUAGCCUCAGGACUGGGAGACCCCAGCCUGUCAUAUCCAGGAGCUCCAGUGUCCUGAGCUCAGCGUGGAGGGGUAGGGGCUGGGAACAAUGUGCAAGGUGGCUGUGGGCCCCACCCUCGGGGAUGUGUCCUGACACUGCAAAUGGCACUGAAGCCCAAAGGGUCUGGGGGCAUGGGACUGACGCCAGGGUAUGAAGAGUGUUAUUUUCAUUCAGAGUGUUAUUUUGUUUUUCCUUACAAUGUCUGGAGACCACCAGGGCGUCUCCAGGUUAGAUGAGCUCCCACAAGCCUGAGGGAAAGGCCAGCACCCCACAGCAGUGGCAGGCAGAAGCCCAGGCUGCCCUCCCCUAGAGCCCCAGGUUGGCUGUGCCAGUCCUGUCCUUUACCAAAGAUGAAUGAAGCAAAUGUCAUGCUGCCUUAUUCAGGGAAGGAGGAGCCAGUCCUGCCUGUGCCCAUGACCCUGCCUCCCCCAGGCAGGGGCCUGUGAUGUCGAACUGCUGCCACUGAGGGGGAUCCAGUUUUGUCAAUGCAGUUGUCUCUGUUUUACAAGUCGGAGUCACUCUUAUGCUGUACCCAGUUUCUAAAGUGGAGACUCUGUGUGCCCUUUGGGCUCUGAGUACCUGCUGUGGGCUUGGGCCUAGGCUACAUUGGAAAGAGCUGGAGGUCAUGGCCUUUGUGCUCCUGGCCUAGCAUCUGUUCCCCACUGGAGCAGAAGGGGAGAUGGACGACAUGGCGGGGGCAUCUGGCCCAGCCGGUGCCCUGGUCCCAGAGAGCAUGAGGAGGUGUCUCAGGCUGUCUUGAGUUGUGACCUGCUAGGCCAGAGCCCACUCCGUCUGGUAGAAGGGAAAGCUCAUGUGCUGCCACCAGCUGUGUCCAAAACCGCCAGCUCUGUUCUUCCUUAGCCAGCCUUGCCCAUCCCCAUGAGGUCUCAGCCGUUUUCCCUUCUAGCUCCUCCCCUGGGGGAGGAAUGACAGCAGGGGUUGGGGAAACAGCAUCUCCAAGCAGCUUAGAGUUGGCCAUAUGUACCUCAGCCCGGGCGCUGGUCCUUUCUUCCAGCCCCUCCCCUCCAAAAUGUGCCUAUUGCUAGAGCUCCUCCCUCUCAACACCCAGUUUCCUUGGGAGUUGUCAUUAAAGGAAAAAAAAAAAAA